AAAUAAUGUUUUUUGUUGAAUCCAAAGAAGAAAUUUGUUUUGACUGUAGAAUGUGGUUCUGGAGAGGAACAGCAAGUAUAACCCAGUGAAUCAUACUUUUCAAACAAAAAGCAGCAUACAGGAAAAGAUCAAGGUUUAUUAUGCCUCACUUACUAUCAAAGAAAAAUGUAAUGGCAGAUGCAGUGUUAGCAAAUUCAUGGUGCUCUCUUCACUUUUCCACAGCAGAUGAAUGACUGUAAUUGAUGGACUGGCCAGACAGACUAAAACAAAAUAACAUUUGUCUUUGACAGAUCAAGGAUUCACCUGCUUUCUUUUUAGAGAAAAACAUGAAAGCUGGAAUGAAGUUUUAUUGGAAGUGAUGCACCUUCAUUUUCAGUAACAGGCAGAUGGGUGCUGGAGUGACAGAAGGAGUCCAUCAAAGGCUGAGAUGAAGCAGUAACAUCCUGCCUGCAAAAGGGAGCCUUUCCACCAGGGUGCUGAUGGAUCAUCAGCCUCACUCAGUCAAAGAGAAAACUUAAUCUGCAGUAAGUGAGGCUCAGGUGUGAGGCCAGAGCACUUCUACUCACCAGCAAUGACCGCCUCUACAGAAGCUGUCAGCAGAGGUCCCUAUGGUCUGCUGAAACCUGGAGCUUCCCUUUUCUUCCCAGGAUAUGAGGAUGGACAUAAAUUUUGGAAACAAUAACAACUACAUGAACAUGGCAGAGGCAAAUAAUGCAUUUCUUGCUGCAAAUGAGCAGACGUUCCAUACGCCGAGCCUUGGGGACGAGGAGUUUGAAAUCCCACCCAUUACCCCCCCGCCCGAGUCAGACCCCUCACUGGGCAUGGCAGACAUACUGCUCCCCUUUCAGGGCCUUGGUGACCAGCUGCCUGCACAAGGAAAUGAAUUUACACCUCAGUUUCCCCCCCAGAGCUUGGAUCUUCCCUCUAUCACAAUAUCCCGGAAUCUGGUGGAGCAGGACGGCGUCAUCCACAGCAAUGGACUGCAUAUGGAUCAGAGUCACAGCCAAGUCUCCCAGUACCGGCAGGACCACUCUCUGAUUAUGAGAUCCAUUGUGCACAUGACUGAUGCUGCUCACUCGGGAAUUAUGGCUCCCUCCCAGCUCACCACCAUCAACCAGUCUCAGCUGAGCGCGCAGCUGGGGCUAAAUUUAGGAGGCACUAAUUUGCCACACACUUCUCCCUCCCCUCCUGCAAGUAAAUCAGCCACUCCUUCCCCAUCUAGCUCUAUCAAUGAGGAAGAUGCAGAUGAAUCAAACAGAGCUACUGGAGAAAAAAGAGCUGCCCCAGAUUCUGGCAAGAAGCCCAAGACCCCAAAGAAGAAGAAAAAGAAAGACCCCAAUGAGCCACAAAAGCCAGUGUCAGCAUAUGCCCUUUUCUUCAGGGACACACAAGCUGCAAUUAAAGGACAGAACCCAAAUGCUACAUUUGGAGAUGUUUCAAAAAUAGUGGCAUCUAUGUGGGACAGCUUAGGAGAAGAACAAAAACAGGUAUAUAAAAGAAAAACUGAAGCUGCCAAAAAAGAAUACCUAAAGGCACUUGCUGCCUACAGAGCAAGCCUUGUUUCUAAGGCUGCUGCAGAAUCUGCUGAGGCCCAGACAAUUCGUUCUGUUCAGCAAACACUGGCAUCCACAAAUUUGUCUUCCUCCCUCAUUCUGAAUAGCUCUCUUUCGCAACACGCGACGGUGCCGGCAUCUCCCCAAACUCUCCAGCAGCCCCUUUCCAGAGCCAUUGCUCCAAAACCCUUGACCAUGAGACUGCCAAUGAAUCAGAUUGUAGCUUCUGUUACCAUUGCCCCAAACAUGCCAACAAACAUUGCAGCUCCAUUGAUAAGCUCCAUGGGCUCAAACAUGGUGGCAACGCCGUCUUCGUCUCAGCUCAGCCCCUCCAUGCAAAGCCAGCAGCACCAGAUGCAGCAGCUCCAGCAGCAGCAGAUGCAGCAGAUGCAACAGCAGCAGCUACAUCAGCAUCAAAUGCAUCAGCAAAUACAACAGCAAAUGCAGCAGCAGCAUUUUCAGCACCACAUGCAGCAACAUUUGCAGCAGCAGCAGCAGCAGCAGCAUCUCCAGCAGCAGAUGAAUCAACAGCAGAUGCAACAGCAACUGCAGCACAUACAGCUUCAGCAAAUGCAGCAGCAGCAAAUGCAGCAUAUGCAACACCAGUCCCAGCCUUCUCCUCAGCAGCAUUCCCCGGGAGCCCCGCAGAUCACUUCUCCCAUCCCUGCCAUUGGGAGCCCUCAGCCAGCACCUCAGCAGCACCAGUCACAAAUACAAUCUCAGACACAGACUCAAGUAUUAUCACAGGUCAGUAUUUUCUGAAGAGAAACGAUCUUGCAACAUGGCUUUGUGUUGAUGGAGGGGUAGGGGUAAACCAUAUUUGGCUGAAAACUGUAAAUUGUUGAUGGUAGUUAUGCAGGGAUGCAUAACAGAUCAAAUGAUCCUCUAAAGUGUCUAUUAGAUAGGCAAUAAAGAACUACAAUGUAGCUGUGUAUCAUCUUUUAGCUGACUAUAAAUCCUUUUGUUUAAAAGAAAAAAUGCUCUUCUCUUUUUCAUGUGAUGCCUUUUUAAUUUAUUUAAGCUUUACCUACAAUAUGUGAAUCAACUGGCCUAAAAAUUACCUGGACCUUAUGACUGCAGAAUGGCCUUUCAGAGUUAUAUGCUAUAGCCCUUCUUUCUCUAAAAGUGACUAAUGCACUUCAAGGCAGUAUGAACUCAUGAAGCCCUUAAAGCACAGUUGUAACUACCUGUAAAAUUAUGAUUGGAUUUCAUACAAUCGUACUUGUAUGACAUGAGUUAGUUGAUGGCAUUUUUUGUCAUGAAAAAAUAGAGUAAAUCACAGAUUUUUGCCAAAGCUCUUAUUUUUUUUUUUCUUUUUCUUUCCUAAAUGUCUUCAGAAAAACAAAUGCAAGUAACUGGACGUAAAUGUUUGACCCAAGUUUUCACUUCAUUUCUCCAAAUAAACCUGCCAUAGUUCGUAAGAAAAUAUAUAUUGACAUUUACCUUCUUACGCUAAUUCCAAUUACAGAACAAAUGUGAAUAUUAUAUUCUGUGUCCAAGUGAUGAGUUUCAGAUUUAAUACACUGUAUUUUUAAAAGGGAAAUGCACUUAAAUAAAACUGUUAUUACAGAAAGCUAAGAUGAGAAAUGCAAGUUAUUAAUACGCUGUAAAACCAGUAGAAUAUUUAAAUGAAACUCCACAACUGAAUAAUCAAUGUAAAUAUUUUCUUUAAAAGUUGUAAGUUUUCAUAUCAUGUGUUGUAAAGUUUUCAUAAAUGAGGCUUUAAUGUAAACACUGGUAACAUGAAUUAUUAAUUGCUACAUUGCUUAUUGUGUUUUUAUGCUGUUUUAUACUUUUUUAUGAGUUAUGAUAGCAGCAAUUAAGUUGUUUGUAUUUUGCUUAU